AUGCCCAUGUCCAAGAAAAGUAAAACAAAGGAGCUGAUUGUGGACUUCAGGAGCAACCAGGCUGGGAACGCCCCCAAUCCUCAUCAACGGGGUCGCCAUGGAGAUGGUCAAAAACACAUCUCUGAGGAGCUGAAAUGUUCAAAUCACACGGACGCAGUAGUGAAGGCCAUCAAACUCCCGGCCAUUAAACCCCCGGCCUUCAAACCCCCGGCCAUUAAAUCCCCGGCCUCCAAACCCCCGGCCAUUAAUCACCCGGCCAUUAAACUCCCGGCCUUCAAACCCCUUGCCAUCAAUCCCCCGGCCAUCAAAUCCCCGGCCAUCACACUUCCGGCCAUCAAACCCCGGGGCAUUAAUCACCCGGCCAUCAACCUCCCGGCCAUUAAACCCCUUGUCAUCAAUCCCCAAGCCAUCAAAUCCCCGGCCAUCAAACUUCCGGUCAUCAACCUCCCGGCCAUUAAACCCCCGGCCAUUAAACCCCCGGCCAUCAAACUCCAGGCCAUCAAACCCCCGGCCAUUAAACCCCCGGCCAUCAAACCCCCGGCUAUUAAACCCCCGGCCAUUAAACCCCCGGCCAUCAACCUCCCGGCCAUUAAAACCCUGGCCAUCAAACCAACGGCCAUUAAACCCUCGGCCAUCAAACCCCCGGCCAUUAAGCUCCCGGGGGUUUGA